AUUUUCCUACCAAUCGACCUACCAUGCGAUGAUCAGGUCUGAGAUAGCGCCUAGACUUGUUACAUGGCAGGUCGAGCCGUGGUCUGCUUCAGAAAAAAAAGAAGAAAAAAAAACACGAGCGGGAAGAUCCUGGCCUAAUUCUAGUUCUAGAUGGUCAGAGAUGAGACGAACAGAUUCUGAAUGGGAAAUGAGACAACUUCAGAAACAGAUGGAGGAUUUUUGAGGAUGGCUUGGCAAUUCUGCACCACUCACCACCUGGCCAGAGCAGUAAUGGAUGGGCUCGCAGGUGUGCUUAGUGGGGCAUUGCUAACGGGAUGCGUCCAGGGUGGGCUGAGCAAUUCAACCCGCCGCCACUCAACUUACUGUAACAAUCUUUGCGGUUGGUGCCUAGGCCCCGUUGCCUGUGCGCCUUCGCACCUUCACACCAAGGCAAGUUCUGUGCCUUGGCAGGCUGCGCCGUUGAGUUCUGACGAGGUGAGCGUGCUUUAG